GAUGGGAGACUCAGGCAUUAGAUCUCAUCGAGGACUUUUGCGGGGCUGUGGAGUAUCCAGUAAAGGUCGCCAAGUUCGCGCAUGUUUCGUCUUUAUCUAUGCAUUUUGCCGCGAACAAUAGGCUUGAAGUUGAGAAUGACGAUGAGGAUGAUAUUUCUACUAUCAUCCAUUGGAUAGGGAUAAAGGGGGUGGCUAGCGGUACGAAACGGUCAGCAGUAGUGAGCGUAUAUGAGUCACAAGCUAAUCUUAAAGAUCAUGAAGUGAAAGAUGAUGCUCUUGGUGGAAUGAACUUUGGUAUCUCUUAA